AUGAAUAUUUUAUUGAUUUCAUCAUUUAUUUACCUAACAAUACAAUAAUAGUGUUAAGAAAUUGGAGUCAGCUAAUGUAAUAGUCAACUUAGAGCUGGUAUAUUAAUCUUAUUUAUAAUUCAGGCUUAUUACCUACCUAUCUAUUUAAUUAAGUAUUUUCAUUAAAGUAAUUACCAUUAUUCAAUCAAUUUUCUCCUCCAAUAACAAUUUAACAAGGAUGGACAUUAACACCAAAUCAUUUUAAAGUUGAAGCCUUAAUUGAGAAUUAAACAUACACUGGAAAUUAAUUUGAUGAAAAUGUUGGAUAAAUCACUGUCUCAAAUGCAACUUUAUUAGUUGAAGUUGGUUUCUUAUUUUAAAAUGGAACUAUAUAAAAUGGAUAAGGAAUUGCUUUUCUAGAGAAUGUAUAGUCUGCUAAUUACACAUUUAACAUCACUACCAAAUCUAAUUCUUUCAGCUACGAAUUUUCAUAUGUGGAUUCAUAUAUCAAUUUUGAUGAUUCUGGAUUUAGAGCUAUUUAUGUCAAUUUCCCAUAUGAAAUUGGUUAAAUUUAAGAAAUUAUUUCAGCUCUUAAUAGCACCAAAACAAUCUAAAAAGCUUUAACUUAAUUUUACUCUAAUACAUCACCAAAUAGUUUAUCGGCUUAAAUUAUAGACUAGUUAAAUUCUUUUGAAACCAUCAAAAACACAACAUUUACAAAAGUUUAUAGAAAUGGGAUUAGUUUUUCUGCUUAGAAAUUCUCUUAUAAUGUUACUAUUAAGAAUGCAUAAAUUACAUAUUCUCCUGUAUCAUAUUCAAUAUCAGCCUAAAUGAAUAUUGAAUCAUUAAAAACAGGUUAUAAUUGUAAAUAUCCAAUAAUUACACUUUGUACAAUAACAGAUAAUAAAACAAAUGUUGAAUAAGUAAGUAUGGAUGAGAUAAUCAAUUCAUUUAAUUAUGCAUUUUAAUAAAACUACUUUAAUACAAUAUUGCUUCCUUCAAGCUGGAAAGUUCCUUUCUUUUCAUGGACUACAGGAGGUUUGAAUAAUAUCAUGACUCCUGUUUAUACUUAAUAUGCUUAUAUGUCUUCAAUUUCAGGAUUAUGUAAUACAAAUAACUAAACUGCUUAAUAUAUUAAUGCUUCCUCUACAUAUUUUACAGUAGCAAUGUCAUUCUAUUGUCAACUUUCAGUGAGUUCAAAUCUUAUUCUAAAUUUUACUGUUGCUUUUGAAGAAAUCUAAGUAGAAUUAGAUUUUAGUAGAGUUAAAGAAUAAGCAUCUUUUAAGGUUAAGAGUGUUUCUACUCCAAAUAUAUAAUUUUUAUAUACAUAGAAUAUUAGUAAUCAAGAAUUAAUAGAAUGGUAAUUAAUAUUAUUUUAAUAAAUAGGUAUAUAUAAGAAGCUAUAAAUAAUUCAUUUGUCGGAAAAAAUUUUUUCAGCGGAUUUUUUGAAACAUAGAGGGAUUUAGAAAGUUAAGAGAUUACAUAUACAAUAUCGAGUGAGGGAAUCAUUACAAUAAUAGAUAAAAAAAAAUGAUUUAUAUGAG